GACUGCACGCGCCAAAAGCAUAUCUUUCUGUGGUGAAGAAGACGCUCUUAUCCAUUCACGUCGAAGUUUACUUGCCCUCAUUGAAAUUGGAGGAGAACAUUAGAAAUCUGGACCGUUGAAAGGAUGUCAUCCAAUUGCAGUGUGACCACAUUACAGCUGGACUCAGUGAGCCAGGCAGAAUGCCCCUCUGUUCACCUGCUGCCCUGUGAGAUAGAGCAUGACGGGCCUGCAGAGGUGUCCCAGUUCUUCACAGCCACCAUCAAAGACCGAAAACAUGAGAAAACGGUGUCGUUCAGGGGUCGUGGGUUAAAAGGUCAGGAGGUCAGCUGUCCACAGGGCUACACAGGCCUGGUGCUGAGAGAGGUCAACAAAUCAGGCUCUGACCAGGAGGACAGGACUGUGAAGGUGUCCUCAGUGUUCCAUAAAGUCACCUACUGGAACCUCGAGACUUCGCCCAACUCUGAUGAUGGCAUCGUCAUGGCAAUGGCCUGGCCGGAUCUGGCAGAAGCGAGGCUAUCCAGUCCUUCUGGCUGGAGAACGGUGUAUUGCUGACACGUGGGGAUACUGAGGGGGAAACUACUUCCCCGCCCUAAAACUAAGACCCACAUAGAGUAUUCUGCCACUGGAGUAGGUGAAGAGGCUUAUCUGCGCUUCGGAGGUAAAAGACAUGGCUGAGUUUGUCAUCAGACAGCUGUCGAUUUCCAGUUCUGUCUAGACUGUUUCCAUGGAAACGGAUACUGUUCGGAACCAGAACCCGAAGACUGAAUGAAGACUAUCUCCAUUAGUCUGAAAACACCCUCAACAACAGCUCUAUUACCAUACAGGCCACAGUACAGGCACAGAGACUGACGGGUGUUCCUGAUAACACUGUCACAUGACUGGAAGACACAAAAGGAUGCUAUCUAUCAGAUGGGAAGCAGAAGGCACAAGCUGUGGUUUUGUCAACGGACAGUCUCAACUGUUCCACAGAGAUAGGAAAACACACACACACACACCGCAUGCCUUCCUGUGGCUUCCUGUGCAUUUAGCAACAUUUCCGGAAACUGCCACCAUACUCGAGGACAUUCAACCAUCAAGCCAAAUGCCUCAUAGGGAAAUUAAAAUGGUCAACUUUUUUAUGUAUGUCAAUAAACAUAUUUAAUUCUGGAUUUCAGAAUUGACAAUUCAUUACAUUGUUAAUCAUUUUCUAUAACUUUCUAUUCAUGGGUCACCUCUUCCUUGAUUUAUUGAAUAGUCAACUGCAUGUCUGUUAGGAUCCCAGCGUGGACUGGUUGUCAUUUCUCUUCAAGGCUGCUGCAGCCGCACCC